GAAGAAACAGCGAGGAGUAAAACAUGUACAUCACAAUGACUCCUGCAGGUUUAUUUUUCUACCUGACCUGUGUGGUGUUGGGGAAAACAGCUCAGGACGGUGAUAAUGAAGUGUCCUCCUUUGUUCAUCAACAGGAGCGUUUUGUAUCCGUUAAAGCCGGAGGCAGUGUGACUUUGAGAUGUUUUUACAAAAGGGAUGUUGGAAUUCAGUUUUACUGGUAUAAGAAAACUCCGGGACAGAAACCGAGGCUCAUUUCUUCCUUCAAUAAGUAUAGUCCGAAUAUCCGUUUUUUCAGUGAAUUCCAGAACAAUCCACGUUUUACAGUGGAUACAGAAAAUCCUAAAAACCACUUGAGCAUCUCAGAUGUUCACAUUUCAGACUCUGGUACCUACUAUUGUGCAAGUAGCUCUUUAUAUAGGUUGGAUUUUGGUGAAGGCACGACUGUCAGUGUAGAAGGUUCAGAUGUGAACGUCCAAACUUUGGUCCAUCAGUCAUCGUCUGAGAGCGUCCAUCCAGGAGACUCAGUGACUCUGAACUGUAUGGUUCAUACUGAGACCUGUGAUGGAGAACACAAUAUUUACUGGUUCAAAAAGUCUGAAGACCCUCAACCAGGAAUUAUCUACACCCACAGAGGCACAAAUGACCAGUGUGAGAGGAAGCCUGACACACAAACACACACCUGUGUCUACAACCUGCCCAUACUGAAGGUGGAUAAUCCUCAUGAUGGGACCUACUACUGUGCCGUUGCCUCAUGUGGACGAGUACUGUUGGGAAAUGAGACCAAACUGGAGUUUAAUGAUGUAGAUACUCUGGCCAUGGUGUAUUUGUUUUGUGGAGCUUUAGCGUUCACCACCAUGCUCAUUGGUUUUCUGACCUUCUCCAUUUACAAGCUUAACAUGAGAAACAACUGCAAAUGCACAGAGUCUCCAGCAAGAUAUCCAGCUCCUUCCACCGCAAACAAAAAGGGGUAUCAAGAUGCAAGGAAUGUCUAUUGCGCUGCCUCGAGUGUUAACUUGGUCAACAGGUCAAGAAAUCGGAGUGACAACACCUGGACUGAGUGUGUGUACUUUAAUGUUCAGAUGUAGAGAUGUUUCAUUUGUACUUUGCUUUGUUGCAAGAAAAGAAACUUCUAGUUUAUUGGUAGAAAUGUAUGUAUGGUCAAAUAUGAAUCAAUGCUGUAAUCUUUUCCUUUGCCCAUAUGUAACUUGUUUUAAGACUGUUGGUGACUAGACCACUUGGACCUUGAUAGGAGUAGGACUUAGAUUAGUUUUAGGUUAGGGGAAUUAACAUUAUUAUUAAUAUUAAUAUUAUUUUAUUUUGUGUAUGUGAGUGUGUGUGAGUGAGACUGUGGAUCAAUGUGCUUAUCAUGUAAA